GCGGCGGGACAGGAAGCGGCGCGGCGGGGUAGCGGGGCCGGGCGGGCGAUGAAGGCGCUGCGGGCGGCGCUGGCGCUGGCGCUGCUGCCGCUGCUGGGCCCGGCCGGUGCCGUGGAGCCUAUCAGCCUGGGGCUGGCCAUCGCGGGCGCCGCCGCCUCGGCCCUUACCGGCAUCAUCUCCUACCCGCGGCUCUACUGCUACUUCAAGGAGUGCUGCCUCCAGAGCCACGGACAGCGCGCCGCCGCCGUUCUACAGGAGAAUUUGGACCAGAGACUGUUCGGCCAGCAUCUGGUGAACAAGGUGGUUGUGAAGGCCGUGAAGGGCUUCUUGAACAACAGCAACUCCAAAAAGCCUCUUGCCCUUUCCUUGCAUGGGUGGACCGGAACAGGCAAAAAUUUUGUCAGUAGGAUCAUUGCCGAAAGCAUUUAUAAAAGGGGUUUGCAGAGUAAAUAUGUCCAUCAGUUUGUGGCAACUUUACACUUCCCUCACGCUCACAGCAUCAAUGUUUACAAGGACCAGUUGCAGUCGUGGAUUCGGGGAAAUGUGAGCAUCUGUCCCAGAUCUCUCUUCAUCUUUGAUGAAAUGGAUAAAAUGCAUGCAGGACUCAUCGACUCCAUCAAGCCAUUCCUGGACUACUACGAGUUUCUGGAUGGGGUGUCUUACCGACAAGCCAUCUUCAUAUUCCUCAGCAAUGCAGGAGCUGAAAAGAUAACAGAAGUGGCACUGGAUUUCUGGAGAAGCGGGAGGAGAAGGGAAGAUAUACUGCUCACGGAUAUGCAGAAUGCUUUGUCUGUGUCAGUCUUCAAUAACAAGAAUAGUGGAUUCUGGCACAGCACCUUGAUUGACAAAAAUCUCAUCGACUACUUCGUGCCCUUCCUGCCUCUGGAAUACAAACAUGUGAAAAUGUGCGUCAGGGUUGAGAUUGAAUCACGUGGCUAUGUUGUGGAUGAAGACAUUUUAACCAGAAUAGCCGACGAAAUGACCUACUUCCCUAGAGAAGAGAGAAUUUAUUCAGAUAAAGGAUGUAAAACUGUGGAUGCAAAGCUGGAUUAUUACUAUGACUUCUAAUGCUUUAUUGCUACAACCUGCAAAGAAGCAAAUUUAAUUUAAUUCCAAAGUGGAGAACCCAGGACAUUUCAAUUUUAAGCACUUUUUAAAGGAAGAAACGUUGUUUUUUAGCUGGUGUGUAAAUAAGUGGCAGUGCCUCUGCAUUUUUAUUCUGUCACUGGUUACAGCUCCCCAGCAUUUCGGCCUUGUGCUGCCAAGGUAAGAAAGAACUGCAUUGCGAAUGCAGGGGUCUGUGUCUGCAGUGCCGAAGAUUCCUCGCAGAUCGUGUGUGGAUCAUCAGAACCGUUUGGCAGACUGUUGGCAUGUGUAGAAGGACUGAGACUAUGACCUCAUUUUAAUUGGAUGUUGGUUUGAUGUGGGUGGUCUCUAGAUAAUGAGAAUUUUAAUCAAAGUUCCUAUGUCUGUGAAAGCCUCCAUGGGGCUGAAUAUUCCUGUAACUCCAUUAAAAGUAGGAUAUGUGUCUUUUCCCCGUUAACAGCUUGGUUCCAGUAAAGAUAAGGAAGGGAUUCUGUGAUUAAUCCAGAGUCUUCUCUCCAACAUUGUGACGAACCGUUGUCUUUCUCAAAACAGUGGUAUGAAUUGGCCUCGUAUGUGUCAAACCAGGAAUAUUAAAUUCUCUGGUGGGAAUGGUGUUCAAAGGGCAGACUUAAUAUUGCAAGGAAAUGAGUUUAAAUUCUUGAAUACCACUUUGGUGUAGUUGGUUCCUAUUUUUAGUAUUUUUUUUACAUAGAAAGUUGCCCUUGAUGUGCUCUCCCAGGUGUGAUCUCAGGAAGGAGAUAUUGUGCUGACUGGUGAGUCAGCUUCAUGGAAAGAGUAUGACUCAGUAGGAAACACAUACAGGUUAAGUUUUAAACCAAGGAAAUGGAAAUAGGUUUUUGCUCUCCCUCUACAUGUGGAAUCCGGGGACCAGAAUGCAGGGUUUCUCCUUUUGCCUGUUCUCACAAUGCCGUGUGCCUUCGAGGCAGGAGUGAAGACAGAGCCAAUGGCAUUUGAGGAAAAACUGUGAAAUGUGUCAAUUGAAGUUCCUGCAAGGAGUGUGAGACUUGUUUCUCCAUGUGGGCACUGCAGAGGCUUUUUUUCACUCCAGUUUCUGUGAAAAAUAAACUGUUCUCAUGAGAAACGUA